AAUGGAACCAGUUAGUCCAAUGUACCUUGCUGCUGGAUUUGGGAUUGAUGUUAAUGUCAUGGAGAAUGCUGGUGUUGUGACUCCCGUGACUGAGGGCGGGCUGAUGAGGACGGGCUGUGAUGCUAACGGUGUACCUUCAAAUUUCGAUGAAAAUGGAGAUGUCGAGGAGUAUUAUAAGAUUUUGCUUGAAGAAUAUCCCUCCAACCCUUUGGUCUUGAGGAAUUAUGUUCAGCUUUUGCAGUCGAAAGGAGAUUUUUCCGCGGCCGAGGAACAUUACUUUCGAGCUACACUAGCAGAUCCGAAAGACGGGGAAGUCUUGUGACAGUAUGCUAAAUUGGUGUGGCAGCUGCACCAUGAUAGAGAUAGAGCCUUGAAUUACUUUGAAUGUUCCGCUCAUGCUGCUCCAAA